UGCCAAAACACGCACUUUCACUCGUCUACCAGGCGUUCACAGAGGAGCUGGCUGGACACAUUUGAACACACAACUCUUCACUCUUCAGGGAGACUUCUGCGAGCCUGCACGUUAAAACAGUCUACUCUGAUUUUUAUUCCCUAAGAUGUGUUGUAGUUAAGUUUAGUGCGUUUUUUUUUUUAUCGCCUAGUGCGCAGCAACAGAAGACUGAACAUGCCAGACUUUUGAGGAGACGUCUUGUUUUUCCACCCCCUCCCUCCCUCCCUCUCUCCCUUCCUCCCCUGGAUUGCCCCCUUUGUGGAAGUAUCCCCAACAGUGUGGUUGCGGAAGAUGGAUCCAAAAAAGAUCGGAGCCAAAGGAAAUGUUGCCGUGGCACUGCUGCUCGUUUUGGUGGCUCUUCUCCAAGGCACCGCCGGUAAGACUCUUAAAUACAAAGUUUACGAGGAGCAGAGAGUGGGGACGGUUAUUGGCCGGUUAAAGGAUGAUGUUGCCGGGGUUCUGGCCAAACUCCCAACUUCCCUGAGCUUUCGGUUCCGUGCGAUGCUGCGGGGCAGCACGCAGUUCCUUUCCGUCCGGGAGGAAGACGGGGAGAUCAGCAUUGGCACCAAAAUCGACCGCGAGAAGCUCUGUGAAAAGAACCUAAACUGCUCGAUCGAAUUCGACGUGGUGACGCUGCCUACUGAGUACCUGCAGCUGUUCCAUGUGGAGGUGGAGGUGCUGGACAUUAACGACAACUGCCCGCACUUCUCCCGCGCUAUUGUCCCCAUCGAGAUUUCUGAGAGCGCCUCAGUUGGGACGCGCAUCCCGCUGGAUGGCGCAGUCGACGCAGACGUGGGAGAUAACUCGCUCCACAGCUACUCCUUAACGCCCAACAACUUCUUUAAAAUCGAGGUGAGGACCAGGACGGACAGCGCCAAGUACGCAGAGCUGGUGGUGAUGAGGGAACUUGACCGUGAGGUGCAGUCCAGCUACCAGCUGCAGCUCACUGCUUCAGAUAACGGCGUGCCCCCCAAGUCAGGAUCCACUUUACUGAAGAUAAGCAUCUCAGAUUCCAACGACAACAGCCCGCUCUUUGAUGAGCAGGCUUAUGUCAUCAAUUUGCUGGAAAACUCGCCUCUUGGGACUCUAAUUAUUGAUUUAAACGCCACAGAUCCAGAUGAGGGCACAAAUGGGAAAAUAGUUUACUCUUUCAGCAGCCACGUUUCACCAAAGAUUUUGGAAAGGUUUAAGAUAAAUCCAGAAAACGGCCAUAUUACUCUGAUCAAGAGAGUGGACUAUGAAAGCACUGCCUCAUAUGAGCUGGAUGUCCAAGCUCAGGACCUGGGACCCAAUUCCAUCCCUGGACUUUGCAAAAUUGUGGUGAAAGUGGUUGAUGUUAAUGACAACAAACCAGAGAUAAACAUCAAUCUGAUGACUCAGGGCAAAGAGGAGGUGGCCUACAUUUCAGAGGGGGCCCCUGUGGACACAUUCAUAGCUUUGGUACGUGUUGAUGAUAUGGAUGCUGGCCUCAAUGGUGAGGUGGUGUGCAGGCUGCAUGGUCAUGGACAGUUCAGGCUCCAAAAGACCCAUGAGAAAAACUACAUGAUCUUGACUAAUGUGUCGUUGGACAGGGAAAAGAGGUCCGAGUACAGUUUGACAGUCAUGGCUGAAGACAAGGGCUCCCCCAGCCUUUCCACCAUCAAACAUUUCACUGUUCAGGUACUGGAUGAAAAUGAUAACCCCCCACAUUUUGAGAAAAGCCGCUAUGAGGUCUUCAAAUCUGAAAACAACUCUCCGGGGGCCUACUUAAUGACUGUGGUGGCCUCAGACCCAGAUUUGGGAACCAACGGUCAGGUCACAUACACCAUUAUUGAUGCUUCGGUCCAAGGGAGUCCUAUUUCUACCUACGUCACCAUUGAUCCUUCUAAUGGGGCCAUCUAUGCCUUACGCAGCUUUGACCAUGAGGAUGUCAGCCGCAUUGCUUUCACACUUCAGGCCCGUGAUGGUGGGAACCCUGCACUGUCAGCCAACACCACUGUCCUCCUUACUGUUUUGGAUGAAAAUGACAACCCGCCCAUCAUCCACUCUCCCUCUCUCCGGAAUUACACUGCUGAGCUUCCGGUGUGGAAGUAUGCAUCACCUGGUCAGCUUAUAAGUGCACUAAAAAUCACAGAUCGUGACUCUGGUGCUAAUGGAGAGGUGAGCUGUUCCAUUGUUGGGGGUAAUGAAGAUGGACUGUUUGUGAUGGACACCCGGCGAUGCGAACUCAGAACCAAUGCCAGCCUGGAGCAGGCUCCACGGGAUGUGAUGGAGAUCAGGGUGGAGGUGCAGGACAGGGGCACCAGCCAGCUAACCACAGGAGCUCUCUUCAAGCUCUCACUGCAGGAGAACAUGGACAUCCUCCCUCCUCUCUAUCCCACUGGUUCCAGCCAGGCCUCUCUGGAUCUCUCCCUCAUUGUCAUCAUUUCUCUUGUUGCUGUUUGUGCUCUGCUACUCAUUGUGAUGGUGAUGUUUGCAACUGCCCGUUGCAGCCGAGAGAAGAAAGACCCAAGGCACAACUAUAACUGCCGUGUGGCAGAGAACAGUUACCAGAACCACCCCAAGAAGCCUGCCAGGCAGAUCCACAAGGCAGACAUUACCUUAGUGCCCACUGUCAAUGGAACCUUACCUGUGCGUUCUCACCCACGUUCUCCCUUGCCGUCUCCAACACCUGAGAGAGGCACUCUUGGGAGCAGGCAGGGCCAUCAUAGCCGGCAGUCUCUCAACAGCUUAGUGACAAUUUCCUCCAAUCACGUGGUUGAGAACUUCGCCUUGGAGUUAGCCCAUGCCACACCUCCUGUUGAACAAGUUUCACAGCUUCUGUCCAUGCUCCAUCAGGGCCAGUACCAGCCACGACCAAGCUUCAGAGGCAACAAAUACACCAGGAGCUACAGAUAUGCCCUUAAUGAGAUGGAUAAGUUCAGCCUGAAGGACAGCGGUCGUGGAGACAGUGAAGCAGGAGACAGUGACUACGAACCUGGCAGAGAGUCGCCAGUGGAAAGGUUCCUUGGUGAGGGCUUUACUGAGCUAUAUUCCCCUGACGGCCAGCACUGUUCGCAUGCAGCAAUGAAGCACUGCACAGAAGAGUGCCGCAUUCUGGGCCACUCAGAUCAGUGCUGGAUGCCCCCUCUAGCCUGCCCAGCUUCUUCCUCUGCUGACUACCGCAGCAACCUCUACAUUCCCGGAGAAGAAGCACAUCAAGCCACCGGCAUCACUCAGGAAAAGAUCCCCCAGCCUUGCACUGACACAUGCACUGCUCGCAAUCAGAGCUUUUCCACCUUUGGCAAAGACCUUGGUGGGGAAGAUGGUGAAGAAGAGGACGGGGGAGAGGGGGGAACCAAGUCUUCAGAGGAAGACCUGUGUGGGACCACUUCAUUGCUGUCAGAGAUGAGCAGUGUUUUCCAGAGGUUGCUUCCGCAGGGUUUGGAUUCAUAUGUCCAGGUCAGUGAAAACCAGAAGGGGACUAGCUUGAGCUGCGUUGGCGUUCCCAUGACUGGAUCUUUAGAUCGCCGGAGAGGUCAUCUACCUGGAAAGCCCAGCCCCUCAGUGCACCAGCAGGGUGUGGCAGCCUGGGCUGCCAACACUCACUUCCAGAAUCCAGGAAGUAGCAUCGGCCCAUCUGGGCAACACCAGGGUGGCAGCUACCACACUCUCAAACCCAACACCAAACUCAGCUGCCAGAGCAGCAACCACAAAGGAUCACAGGCCCCCAAAAACAGCCCCCAGAACAGUGGCCACAGCCCAAAACCCACCAGCAGCCCUCUUCUCACUGGGCUGGUCAGCCCAACGCUGGUGCAGCCUUCUGUGGCCCAAGCCCCAAUACAAGCCCCGCUCAAUGGGCCCUCUUCAAAAUGGCUUCCAGCCAUGGAGGAGAUCCCAGAGAACUAUGAGGAGGAUGAUUUUGACUCAGUGCUCAGCCACCUUCAGGGCAAACAUAGCGACAGCCGGCAUGAGCUGGUGGAUGCCAGCGAGCUGGUGGCUGAGAUCAACAAACUCUUACAGGAUGUCCGGCAGACGUAAAUGUCCACCCUUCUUAUUUAUUACUGAACACUCACUGCUUCCAAAACGGGGGGUCUGGGGGUAACCAGAAAAGAAACACAGUCCAAUGUUUCCUGUAAAAGAGACAAAAAAAUAUCUGCAAUAGUCAUUAAAGUUGCAUUUGUUCUGAAAUACUUUUUUUGUGAAUGCUAAGUAUCCAAAAAAUGUUUGUAAAUGCUGUUUGGUACACAAUGUACAUUAUGUGACUAUUUAUCUUUGUAUUUUAAAAAUACAUUUGUAUUCGUAUAUUUAUAUAUAAAAAAAGGUGUAGAUACAUUUAAUCAAAAAUCUAUUUUUAUAAUUUAAUGCAUGUUGAGUACGAUAAAUCAAAACAUUGACAUGCGAUUGACAUUCUGUGUAUUUAAAGCUGUCUUUUGUAUCGUGAUUCUUUUUUAUCCGUCACUAUUAUAUGUAUACAUGAGUAUAUUUCUGAAUUGUUGGACACUUGUGAUUUAUUGUGAAGAGAAGGGGGCGGUAGACAAAUAAAACAAUACACAAACUAGA